AUGGCAGCGCCUUCGCCCUGUUCGAGAUGCGUCGAAUUGGGCCACGCGAAAGCCCAAGCGAAACAGUGCGCGCAGGGCUUCGAACAGCACGCCUGGCGUUCGGGCAUGUGUAGGAACUGCAACCACUCCAAGAACUGCAGCAUCCACACACAGGCCUCAGGAUCAGAUCCCUCGAUCGGUGGUGCAUCACCUCCCCCAGCCUCGGCCUCGUCUUCUGCACCGCUGCAGACCACCCCGCGCGGCCGUGCCUCGGCCAAGCCGGCGCUGUCGUCGUCCAUGUCAUCGCCACCGCCGUCGUCGUCGACUGCUACCACGAUCACCCGGAGCGGCAGCUAUGGCAGCGGCCUCGCCUCGCCCCGCGCUCAACCCGUCUCCACUUCGCCCCGCGCUCAAGCCCAGGCUCAGGGCCGCGGUGAUAAGCAGGCGAAGCACGACGCGAAGGAGCAGGCAGAGAGGGACACGAAGCACGACACGACGGAGGCGAAGGAGCAGGAGAAGGACAAAAACAACGGCACAGCAGCAGCAGCGAAGGCGGUGGUGGAGGACGCGAAGAAGACGACGGCGACGACGCCGAAAGCGAAGAAGAAGAAGGAGGAGAGCAAGACGGACAGCCCGCGCAAAGCCACCAAGAAAGAGGCCAAGCGCGGAGCCGACACGACGCUGAAUCUGAAGAAUGUGGUGACGUCAUUCCAGGCAGAGGAGGAGGGCGACGACGAUGAUGCGCCCAAGACGAUCGUGUCCGCUGGUACCGUGGCCGGCCUCUUACAGGUGAAGCGUGUGCAAUCCAUGCCCGAAGAUGCCGUCCGCGGUGUGAAGAAGGACGGCAAGCACGGGAAAAAGAGCGCAAAGGAUGAAGCGCUCGCAUCGCCCGGUUUGCGGUCCGCCGGCACCGUGGGCCGCAAGAGCAAGAGCCGAAGGAACAGCGCCAAACCCAGCAAGCACAGCAAAAUCGACGCACGUCGCACGCCGAGCGCGGGCGACUCGCAGGAGAAUGGCUCAUCUGCGGCGCCUCACAGCCCGAGACGCUGCCUGUCCGACACCGAUCUCAAGGCAUCCACGAGGGAGGACGAAGAUGCCGUGAGCGAUAGCGUGGCCGGACUGAAGGAUGUGGUGAUGAGUCCCUCGGUCAAGCGGGGCCGCGCGGGGUCGCCUCGGCCGCAGGUCAUGGCCAUCAUCCCCGGGGAUGGGUCCAAGGUGCAGGUCAUCGUCAGCCCGCGCGCCUAUCCCGAGGUGCACGAGAUCAAGCUCGAGAGCAGCGGCAGCAGUGGCAGCGGCAGUGGUAAUGGCGAAUCGGCGGCGAGCCGAAGCGCCAGUACCGCAGCGGCGGCCGUCAACGACAUGGUGGAAACGCUCAAGGCGGAUGGCGCGGCGCCACCAAGCAACGGCAGCAACGGCAACAACAGCAGACGCGGCAAGAAGGCGAACCUAAUGGACAGCAAGGGGACGCACCCGCCCUCGCCCGCCAAGGAGAAGGAGAAAGAAAAGGAAAAGGAAAAGGAAAAGGGAAGCAGGAACGGCAGCGACAAGCGAGACGGAGGAGAGCGAGAGAAGGAGAAGGAGAAGGAAAAGGAGAAGAAUGAGGAAGCGGAGAAAGAGAAGGAAAAGGAGGACGAGGGGCCGUCGCCUUCGAAGGGCAAGAAGGCCGCCGCGGCCACGACGCGACAGGCCGGUGGUGACGAGCAGCAGCGGCAUUCGGCGGUGCCGUUCCCGGUGAAGUCGAUCCGGUCGGGCCACGGCAGCGGCAUUCGGCGCACGAUCGGCCCCUCGCGCGCGAGCCGCUCCAAUUCGUUCGACUGGGCCAACAAGCCCGGCUCCAGCCGGAUCGACAGCGGCGGCCUCGACACCAAGAUCCCCUCCUUCGCUGAAACCAAAGCCAAGAAGAAGAAAAAGGAGCGACAGCAGGAGCCGAGCGGCGCGGCAAGGUCGCCGGCAUCGGGACGGCCGGACACGACGACGCGACCGUCGUCGUACCCGCGCGGAACCGGUUCGGGUAUCUCGCCCAACGCUUCCGCGCCGUACCUGCGUGCCGAGCUGGAUCGGCUCCUCGGACAGGCCCAGGAGAAGGAAAAAGCCAUGAUCAAAUAUCGCAGCGAGAUCACGCGGCUCAAGCUGCUGAACGAACAGUGGAAGACGGAGGCGCUCGCUCUGCGCGAAGAGGUCCAGACUCUGCGCGAGAUGUGUCGAUGCGGCGCUCUGGCCUCGCCGUCGGCACGCACACCGUCGGCGGGCAAGGUUGGCUCGCCCGCCGCCACCAUACCGCGCAGCUCAUCCGGAUCCGGCGUGCGCAGCAGCUCCAGCAGCAGCGGCAGUGGUACCUCUUCGCCGCUGGCUUCGUCGUCCAGCGGCGAGUCCAAGCAGCACGGUGCCCGAACGCCGCCGCCUCCACGGCCGCCCAACACGACCAAGCCCGCGACGACCGUGCCGGGGCGCCUGGUCGAACUGCGCCACGUCGAGACGCGCGAGGAGCGCGAGAGCCGAGACCACGACAACAAGCAGCACGUCCCGCGGGGCGAGGAGAAGGCAGCGGAGCAGACGGCCAAGGAGCGGCGGCACAGCGCCAGCGUGUCGGGCACGUCCAGGACCCCGGAGGCGGCGGGCACGUCGUCAUCGCCCAAGAGCCAGCGACGAACGACCGACGGCAACCGAGGCUCGCAGUCGAUGUCGUCGCCGGCUGCCUCGCCAUCGGCGCAGCGGGGCGCGGGCGACGACGUAGUGAUCUCGGCGCCGACGCCGGUCCACCUGGUCUCCUUCUCGUCCGGGUUCAAAGACUCCGGAGUCUCCUCGUCUCUGCCCAAGGACCUCUCCCUACCGCCGCUCAACCCGCCCGCGCCGCCAAACUUGAAUGCGUCGGCUCCUGCGGUGCCGCAGUCGAACAAGAAAUUCCAGCGUCUCCUCAAGAAUGCGGCCAAGCGGAUGAGCACGUCGGAGUACCGCAAAUCGCAGAGCCUCAAGGGCGGCGAAGUGCGCCUGCUCCAGCAGAUGGAGAUGAGGGAGAACGUAGUGCGAGAGAUUCUCACCACGGAGCGCAACUACAAGUCGUGUCUGUCCGCGCUCAUCGACGAGUACCAGCAGCCGCUCAAGGACGCCAUCGCCCAAAACCCCGACGACUGGGACAUCAGCCCAGAGCAAAUCAAAACGCUGUUUUGUCAGGUGGAGGUUGUCAUGAGCUUCACUACGGUGCUGCUGAACAAGUUGGAAGCGAGGCUUGACGACUGGAAUGCGCUCACCUCGACGAUUGGAGAUAUCUUCGUGGAGAUGAGUGCCUUCAUGAAGGUCUAUCGCAGCUACAUCGUCAACUACCAGCCAGCGCAUGAUCUGCUCAAGAAACUCAGCAAGGAGGACAAGAAAUUUGCCGACUUCCUCGAGCUCGCGAACCAGAGGAUCAACAAGCAGAAGCAAUUUUUCGGAUACGACAUGGAGUCGUUCCUCAUCACCCCCGUCCAGAGGGUGCCUCGCUACAUCUGCCUCCUUCGCUCGCUGCACCAGUUCACGGGUCCCGACCACGAGGACUACGAGCUCAUCGGCGAAGCCGUCAAGCGCGUGGAGGCGGUGGCCCAAGAGAACAACCGAGCGCACGCGGCCAACAGCAACAUCAACAAGCUGCUGGCCCUCCAGGAGAUGUUCAACGCACAGAACGUCAACAUUGUGGAACCGAACAGGCGGUAUGUGCACGAGGGCAGAGCCUGGAUUGCUCAGGUGGUCAAGGGCAAGGUGACAAAGGAGGAGAAGCGGCGGUACCUGCUGCUGUUCUCGGACCUGGUGGUUGUGGCCAAGACCAAGGAGAAACGAGUUUCUCGCAGGACCACGACCAACGUCACCAAGGAGGCCGCACCGAUGUCCCCCGGCGGGCAGCCGGUGACGCCCGACUUGACGUUCCUGUACCAGAUGGACCUCCAGGGCAUGAAGCUCUUCACCGAAAAGCUGGAGCUCAUCCUCAACAGAAACACCGAUGACCUGCAAGUCCAGACGCUGAACGAAUACGGCGAAGAGUCCAAGACCCGCCCGCGAGCUGCCGAGGCGGCUCCGCGCCCGACGACGCAGAGGAAUUCGCUCUUCAAGAAGCGGGCGUCGAUUGGGCCCUCCAAGGCCCGCGGCGUCAGCAAGUCCGUUGGCGGCGGCCAGCCGCUCGACCUCAUCUUCUCCGCCGGCAGCAAGGAUGACGUGGGCGAGCAGAUGAAGAGCCCACGCAGCAGAGAAGACGAAGUCGAAGGGAAGGAGUCUAAGGAGAAGGACAAGGACAAGGCAACCGAAUCCGAUGCCGUGGGCGUGUAG